GUUGAUAGAGAGUCGUCGGUUGCUUCGCUGGGUCUAGAUUUCUUCCCGGAUAUCUCACUAGUCGUUUACCCGGUCACCUUUUGACCCCCCGGUCGUGCUCGAGUUGGUCACCUGAGUUCGACCGAAACACUACUACUCCCCUAUUCGCUUUCGCACGAGGUUGCAUCAUCCCCCCGAGAAAACGGCAAUAACGAACUACGUCUGUCUAAGGCCUGCUCUCGGUCAUGUAUGCUCCUUCACCACCUCGCUUUGCAUGCGUCGUCACAGUGCAGAACCCGAGCACGAUCAAUACGGCGGCGGCAAGGACAUUCGUCCUCGAACAUGAGACCGCCGCCGCCGCUGGUGGCCACGGCGGCGUGGCGACAUCCGAUUCCACCACCUCGUACUCUGCCGUCGCCGCCACCACCAGCACCGCCGGCGAGAUCUUCGAGUACGAGUUCGCGGUGACGGUCAAGUACGUGCGCCGAGAGAUCCGGGCCCUGACGGAUCGAGACAGGGAGACUUUUUUCAACGCGGUGUCCGUGCUGCAGCGGGUGCCGAGCGCCGUCGGCCGUGCGGUGUACGGCGACAAGUACUACAGCAAGGACUACUUCAACCGGAUGCACCUGUACUACGGUGAGGAAAUCGUCCAUCUACCGAACGAAGAAGGCGAUGAUGCAAAUGCACGAUUGUUACGGUUAAAUUUCCCGAUUAUGAUCUUGCCGAAGAGAAAGUGCUGA